AUGGGGCUCACGGCUUUCGUCGUGCUCUGGACUGUGGUGACAGCAACUUUAGGGAGGCAAGCAGAGAAGAAAAUUGACAUCAUCAAAAGAAGUGAUCAUAAGGAAAUGUUCCAUUCCAGCUGUCAGUGCCCCCUUUCUUGCUCCCUAGGUCCUGCUGUGCUCUACUUCUCCGAAGGUACUCAGUACAGCUACCGAUAUUCCACCAGCAGCAGUACCUCUCUGCAAGACCAUGGGACCCAGAAGAGCAGUCUUGGACUUGAGGGGCUGGUGAUCCUGGAGAUUCCAAAGGUCUGCCCCCAACAAGGAGAUCCGAUCUGGGCUGUGAACAUCAAACGUGGUAUCUUGAGUCUCCUUCAGACCAGCCCUGGAACCACCAUCCCAGAAACCAUUGAUGAGAUUGACAUCUUGGGAAAAUGUCCUACAACAUAUGAGCGAAAAGGUUCCCGACUCCUGAAGACAAAGGAUUUAAACCAGUGUUCCCUCCGACAUCAUGGAUUUACUUUUCUUCAAUCAGAAGUUCUUCCAGGGAUGCCACCAAUCUUGACUUCAAAACUGGAGUGCUACCAGACUUUUCAGAAAGGCCUGCUGGAGGAUGCAACCUGCACAGAGUUUGAUGUAGUUAAACCCUUCUCCGAGAAGGGGAAUGGUGCGCAGACAAAGACAUAUUCUACCCUGAGUUUGCUGCAUGUGAGGCCCCAGGCCUUGUCCAACAAAGAUUAUGGAAAAUUUUAUGUGAGCAGUCUACUGUAUGAAUGGGAGGGCCUGGCCACUCAGUCCCAGGUAGCUGAUGUAGCUGAAUCUGUGAGGAAGCUGUGUCUGGCUCAGGCUACAAGUUUUGAGACUGCAGAGCUCUUCAUGGAGCUGGUGUUUGAGCUGAGGGGCUUGUCUGCUGAUGCACUGAUGGACCUCUGGCAAAGAUCUUCCUUUAAGUGCAGAGACAAUUGGCAACCCCUAGUAGAUGCUUUGCCCUCUUGUGGAACAGAAGCCUGUGUUGCCCUCAUGAAGGAGCUUAUCAUGUCUGGAGAUGUGGAAAAUGAAGAGUCAGAGUCAUUCCUCUGGUCCUUGGCGUUUGUCCCUCAGCCCACAGCUGGCAUGGUGCAUUUACUGCUGCCUUUACUGCAGUCCCCAGCAGUGAGUUCCAGUGCCUUCCUCAGCAUCUCUGCCCUGGUGCACAACCUCUGCAUGGCAGGUGGGGCCUGUGAGCGACUUCCAGGAGUGAGCUCAUUAAUGAAGAUCCUUAAAGAAGCCUUAGGAGAGAACUGUAGCUCUCAGGGACCCAAAGACAAUGGCCGGCUUCAGCUCAUGUUGAAAGCCAUUGGCAAUGCGGGCUUGGCAGCAGCCACUCUCACCUCGGUCCUGAGCUCCUGUGCAGCCAUGAAAAGCAAUGCCCCUGAAAUUCGGCUGGCUGCAAUCCAGGCCUUCCGGAGAAUCCCUUGCUCUGUGAACCGCUCUGGGCUUGCCCGGCUGUACCAAGCCACAGAAGAAGAUGCUGAAAUCCGUAUGACUGCCUAUUACUUCUUUAUGAAAUGCCCCAGUGAGGAAGCAUUUGCCUUGGUGCGUGAAACUCAGGCAGCAGAGCAAUCUACCCAAGUGGGAGCUUUUGUUUGGAGUCACCUCUCUCAGCUGCUAGAGACGGAGGACCCUCUCAAACGUUCCCUUCGGGACUCUCUCCCUGAUGAUAUCCUCAGCCAGGAAUUUGAAGCUGAGACCUGGAAACAUUCCUCCUAUUCAGAUGUCACCUUUCGCUCAGCCUCCAGCAGUAUGGGUGCCAAUCUGGAAGCCACUUUGCUCUUCUCCCCAGCCUCCUUUCUCCCCCGUUCCAUCAUGACUAAUCUGACUGUGCACAUCAUGGGCCGUGCUACCAAUAUUCUGGAGUUUGGGCUCCGGUUAGAAAAUGCUGAAAAGCUGGCUUACAGUGUGUUUGGUAGGCAGCCGGCGAUGGCCACAUUCUGGGAUGAUGAUGAGAAAAGUGAGCCCAAACCAGAUACUGACAUGGAAUUGGUACAUGGAGUCAAUGAGAAGAAGUCAGGAUUGGCUAGGGCAGAGUGCCCAGGUGGGGGGCACAGUAAGUUGAAGGAGCUCCAGGAGAAGAUGACUCAGAGAUGGGAGAAGAGAAGGUACCUGAAGUGUGAUCUUAGUCUGAAAAUCUUUGGGAAUGAGCUUGGUUUUGUGGACUGUGGGGCAAUGAGAAGUCACAUGAAGAGGUACUCCCUGAACCUGGCUGAACUGACUGUCAAGCUCCUCAAGGGUCAGGAGGUACAGAUUAAUAGGAGACUGAGUCUGGCAACUGAAGAGUUUUCCUUUCCAGUUCUGUCGGGUUUCCCUGUGCAAUUAGCCUUGAAUGCCUCAGCUGCCAUCAACAUCCGGAUUCGAGGGACUGUGGACUUCAAGCAGUUUUCAGAUUUCUCCUUGGAGGGCUAUAUCAAGCCAAGUGCCUUAAUACAGAUUGCAGCUCAUAUGGGUGUGGCAAGCUUCCAUGGGAAAGCAGGGGUCAAGUGGGUGACUGGCAUCCGAAGUUCCACCAGCCUUGAUGGAGGAAUCACAGUGAAGAAGGGUCAGGAGCUCAAGAUGUUCCUGAAUACGCCUGAGGAAUCCAUGGAACUAGUAAAUUUCAGCUCUAAGCUGUAUCUCACGACUGUGGAUGGUGUAAUGAAUAUUGACCGAUUAAACAACCCUUCAGAGAUGCAGUUCUGCACUGGAGAAGAAGCAUCUCACAUUUGGGGCUGGCAGAUGUGUUCCAAAGUGUCUUAUCCAACCCAGGGGCAGCCUUUCUCUCUUGCUGUGCCAAUAGCUGCAGCAGUGACACUAAAGAAGCAGGACAAGGGGCUGCAGCAAUACCUGCUAGAAGCUGCCUAUGCUUAUAUUCCUCAGAAGGAGAGUUGGAUCCCUGAAGAAGCCACCAUCCAUUUUUUUAUGGGCACCCCAAAGUCAGAACAACCUAGAGAUGUAGGUAUGGAUCUCAGCUUCAGUGUGCCUCAGAAGAAGCUCCGAAUCAAGCUACUUCAUCCCAAGAAAAAAAUCAAGGUGGAUGGAAAAAUAGAUUCUUUCCAAAGUACCCGCUUUGGCCACCUGGAAAUGAUCUUGGAUGACAAGGAUGUCUAUUACAUCAAGGGGCUGAGUGAUGUCCAGACGUCCAGAGGGGAACAGAGAUAUGAGACUCAGCUGGAGGCAAAGCUGAUCAGACAAGGCAACCCUGUCAUUCUCAUGGGCAACAUCACUAAACAAGUUGGCAAGAAGAUGACAUUCUCUGUAUCCCUGAUGAAUGUGCUGAAGGACAAAGCCUUCUUGUCAGCAAUCUUGGAGAAGAAGUCAGAGGAUGGACUCCAGCUGUAUGCACUAGAAGGAGAAGCUUAUCUGCCAGAUAUUCUGGGUUUCCAUGCCAUUGGCCUGUUGCAACAAAGAGGGAACCUCUGGACCAAUGCCCUAAGAAUAAAAUAUGGGCUUCUAGGAGAGGCUAAGCACCUCCAGCAGGAAUGCAAUGCCGCCCAGAAGCUCAAAGUGGAGAACCAUCUGGAGGUGUACAAGCUGGACCUUGGGCAUGAAUUUCAUUGUACCCAGGUGCCCACGUAUAACCACAAGGUUCAACUACAGCAUGAGGAGAGUGUGUCCCGUCUACAUUCCAUGUUGGAAGUGAGUUAUGGGAAACACUGGGAUGAAAUCAACAAUAAAAGGAAGCUCCGAAUCAGCCAGACCUUCAAAAAUGACUCUGGCCCAUCCCUGAGCAACUACUUCAUGGAGUUCCUGCUGCAAGUGCCUGAGAGGCAGGUGGAUUACCGAACACAGUUCCAACAUUCCAGUUUCUCCCAGGGCCACGUGGAGAUCAGCACUCAUCUGAAGGUGCAGUAUAAUGGUCGCCUGCCCUUCAUGGCUGGGUUUCAAUGGAAGGACAUGUCUCGAGGUCUUCAAUGGAAAUGGGAAGGUGCAUUGAACUUGGAUACUCCAUGGUUGCUGUUGUCCCUGGCUCACAGGCUGCACCAACCUCACCGUUCUAUGUAUCAGGCCAUUUGGGAGCUGACAGCAGGGAAGGCCCUGUCCAUCAAGAACCUAGUAGUGGAGUUGUCCUGCAAAGACAAAAUUCAAAACAAAGAAGGGAAGAUCCACAUUUACACCCCAACCACCACCUACCUCAAGGCCUCCACAUUGAUUACUUGGGACCAGAAUGUUCUCCGAAGCCACGGUGAGCUGGUGACCACCUGGAGUCCCCUGAUUCAGAUAAAGGUUCAACUGGAGAAUCGCCGGGACAAGAAGCUCUUCCACUGUUGGCUGAAAGGUCCCAGGCAGGGACUGAACCUGACUUCUGCUUACAGACACACUGAGCGGCCUAGAAAGACCACUGUGUUACUAAUGGCCAUGUGGACUGAUUCUAAGAGCCAGCCUGCCGGAUUGCACCUAGAGGGCCAGCUGGAGGAGCUGAAGAGGGAGAGGCUCUUGUACCAGAAGCGAGGAAGCCUCCAGUUCAGGCAUCCCUUAAAACUGCCCAUCCCUCAGAGCCUCCUCCUACAGGAGACGUUUACUGUGGACAAAAGCCAGAAGCACUACAUGUUGGAGACCAAGGUCUUGGUGAAUGGGCUGGAAGAAUGCCUGCAGACCUUGACCCUGGGCUAUCAGGCUGACCGCCCCUAUAUCUGUGUUACUCUGACUCAUCCAUACAACAGCAAGGUCAUCCCCAAGAGCAUAGACACGUGUGUGCUGACAAGGAUUCGACAUACCCAGAGUAACCAGGAGGUUGAAGCUACUUUGAAAGUUAAUCAAAAGGAUAUUCUACAUUUAAAGGGAAGAUACCAUAACAGGACUAUGGAAGGAAAUUACCAUCAUGGCCUGAACUUGGAUUUGACUCAUUCAACUCAGCUGAGGAUCCCUCAGGCACUGGGCUUUGAUGGUGAGAUCUUCUUCAGACAACACCCCAUGGAAGAGUUUGAUUGUGGUAUAACUAUGCAAGCUGCUGUCAGCCAGAAGGUCAUAUCUCAGUUCUUGCUUCAGCUGAAUGGAUCCAAGUCUCACUUUGGAUUUUUCUCCCAACUUAAGCAUCCUGUCAGUGUGACACUUCCUCCAAAUUUCCAGGUCCAAGCUGCUGGUAGGUUUUACAAAGAUCGAAGUAUCAAUGGCUCCUUAUCUGUGCAUGUCUCGGGGAAGGAGCUGACUCUCCUGGAGGCCAGCUUGAGCAGAGAGGCCAGGAAGAGCUCCCACAGAUGGGAUGUGAGUGCUCUCCUCCGGCAAGCCAUCUUCACUGAUCCUAGGGCAGUGUGGCUACAGAUAUCCAGCAAAUUCUCUCCAGUAAGGGUCUGGUUCUUUACCAAGAUGUCAAUCAAUCAGAACAGCGCCCAGCUGUUUUUCACAGGACUCAAGGAACAGAAAGUGGGGUCCGUCUUGUCCCUGCAGGGUAGAGUCCAACACAACAUUGACAGUUGGGGGACUGUCCCAAAGCUCCUCGACCUCACCGGAUCUCUUAAACAGAAGAAUCAAAGCAACGAGGGGAACCUCAGCAUCCUUAUUGAUGAUGCUAUGUUUGGACUCCGGCUAAGGGAUAAACACGUGUUGGGGAACAGCAGCAUGCGCAGUGUGACCUGUGUGAUGAUUCAGAAUGGCAGUCAGGCCAUCCCUGAGGAACUUAAGCUGAGGGGACAGUUGCAGACCCAACCUAAUGGCUAUCACACCCAUGUUACCUUUCACGCAGAGGAGACCAUUUUGUCCCUGGGCACAGCCUGCACCAUAGCUCCAGGGCAUAGGCAGCUCUCUGCCAAUCUGUCUCACAACAGUAACACCUUAAAAAGUUCAGGACUGCCUACUAGUGGAGAGCUUCUGUUCUCCCACAUCUACCGUGCUCCCAACCACAGGCUGACUCUGGGGCUACAGAGCAAUGGACACCAUAUUGAUGCUGCCUUGAGAGUAGAAAAUCCUGGGGAAUUCUCAGAGGCCCGGAUCACUGCAAAUCUGAGUCAUAAUGUCAAGGACUUCAGGCAACUUGGAAUCCCUUUUUCUGUUGAAGGAGACUGUUAUUAUCAAGUCAGCUGCAGCGGGGAAGCCUCCUCCAGCCAGCUGUCCGGCCACUGCAGCGGGGACAUCUCCCACCGUCCAUUUGAGGUACAGACUUCCUUCUCAGCCAUGGGGUUCCGUAGAUGUGGCGCAGUGAGGUUCAACUAUUGCCGGGAUAGCCUGAGUGCGGGUGGCUGUCACAGCAGGGGACGUGGGCAGGAAGUCACAGCAGAGCUGGUGCACACAUUCUCCCACCUCCGUUUCCUUCACAUCCCAAGAGAUGUGAAGGUCAGAGCCUUGCUCAGGUGUCAGCCCAGUAGACUGAAGGCCAGGCUAAAUCUAACAGCAGAGGGACGGGGGAUCCACACCCACUUAGAUGUUCAAAACUCAUCAGGGUCCAAAAAGGGCAGAGUAACUUCCUCUCCUAGGGGAGAGGCUGAUGCGCUUCUCGUCAACCACACAGCAGAGACCUGGAGGGUCCCCAAGCCACAUUGUCAUGGUUUCGAAGGGCAUGUUCAUGUCUCCCUUGACAAGAGAGGUGUUCUACUCUCAGCAAGAACUCACUGGCAGGGCUGGGGUAUGGCCAAGGUCAAGUUGCUCCAGGAGCUAUCACAAAAAAAGAAACCACAGAAUUUAGGCAGGAGGUGGUCAAUCACGUUAUACGCAAAAGCAAAAAAUAAAAAGAUUAAGGGCAGCUUGAAAGUUCGAAGAAACCAAGAUUCUUUCCAUACAAGCGGGUUUAUCUGGCUGCUGGAUCGUGGGGCCAGGAUGAACUGGACUUGGGAGCACCAGUGGAGACAGCUGAGCACUCUCCUUGUGCCUUCAAGUGUACAGCUAGUGGGGUGGGUGACCUACGGCCCAACAUCGCUCAUUAGCAAGGUCCGAGUCAUGGUGGGGGGCCAGCCCCUGAGAGCGGAGCUGCUGACCUCCUGGGGGAGGAAGACAGAGCUGAAGGUGCUGCUGCACCAUGCCAUCCUGAGCUGGCUGCGGACUGGCAUUCCUGAGAGAAACUGGCUCCACGGAGCAGCUCGGCUGGGGGCCCAGGCAGACCUGAGUCUGGAGAUGCUGAGUGGAACCUGCAGGGUGUCCGGUGUGGGGCGACAAGGGAGGAGACCACCCGGGCAGUGGAAGCUGGCUCUCCGUGGUCACUGUCCCUACUUGCAGAGUCCAGCCAUGCUGUCCCUGAAUGGUUCCCUUCUGGUACAUGGUUGCAAGGCCAGGCUAGCAGGACACCUCUCUUCUGGUGAAGCUUUUACCCACAUCCACUUGUACACUUUCUGUGGUCUCCACAACCACUUGGAAGCCCAGCUUCAACAAUCGUGGCCUCUACUCAAAGGACUGGGAAUUGCCGAAGAGAAUCUGUUCAGGGUGUCAACUACAGGCGGAGAUGCACCAAAGGUGCUGCUAGAACUGACCAUCGGCCCAUGUUCUAUGAUGGCAGAUGGAGAUAGUGAUGAAGGAGAUGCUCGCAUGCACUUAGCAACUUCCUGCAGACAAAAACCCUUGGUACAAGGAAGCCUGCACCAUUCCUUCAGGUCCCUGACCCAUCUGGGGCUGCCCCCCAGCAGCACCAUCUACCUGCAGACAGGGUUGGGCUCUGUCCCACAAAGCUCCUUAACUCUCCAAGUUGGGCAGUGUCGGCUCCUGGGAAGAAUGGAGUUCCAGCCCAGGAACAAAACCCAGUGGGUACUUGAUACAGAGACAGAGUGUGAGCUACUGCAGGACCUUGGGAUCCCCGCCCGGAUGCACCUCAACGGAUCAGCUCAGGUGGCCGACAGUCAGAUCAAGCUGCUCUGUACUCUGCUGAUGGAUGGCUCGGCAGCUUUCUUGGAACUCAGGGGGGCAUGGCAACCCCAGCUCACCAUCCGGGCCACAUUCAGGCACACCUUGCCAGCAUUCUGGGCCAUCCCACAGGAGACCAAGCUGUCUUUCCAAGCUGGCAAACAGGCCAAAUACCAGCUGAGCCUGACACUGAGAUCCGGAGCCUGUGAACUCCAAGCUAAUGGGGAUCUGCAGCUGGAGAAAAAGUUCCAAUGGAGGGCCCUGGUUGAGAAUUUCUGCAAAGCGACGCAGGCUCUUGGGAUCCCAGGUCGGAUUGAUGGCUCUGGCUAUGUGGUGGUGAACAAUAUGGAUCUGGAUGCUCAGAUGUUGGUCACUGUAGAUGACAGUACAGUGAGAGGCCUUCUUAUCCUGAAGGCCACUGAGACACAUCAAGAGCUAGACAUGCUGUUCACUCACAAUCUCCCUGAUGCUAUCCACUUUGGCAUCCCAGCUCGGAUCCUGGUGGAUGUGACCACAGUGAGAAGUAAUCAUAGUUACAGGCGUACCAUCCGGUUUGGAAUGGACAAUAAGCAGAUUUCUGAGGAGCUCAGUUUCACUCAACAGUCAGACUAUGUUUCCCUUGACUACAAAAUCCGACACAACGUCCUGACAUUACAGGCAUUGGGGCUGGAAGACAGGAUAGACUUGCAGGUGUCUCUGGACCACCAAACAGCCAAGAACUUGAGUGUGAGAGCCCAGUAUGGCUCAGGGAUCAUCACCUUUGGAGGCCAAAGCUGGAGCACCACAGCCAAACACUCCUGGUCUGGGACCCUCUGGCAUAACUGGCCUGUGUUGUUGCAGUGUGGACUACCAGAAUCGCUUCAGAUUGUGAUGUACCUCCAAGGAACCAAUUCCAACAUUGACAGCUCUGUGAACAUUCUGGUGGGGCAGACCUCUCUCAACUACACCAUGAGCUGUUUUUAUGCCAGACAGCAAAUAGAGUUCUCUUGUUGUAGCAAACAUAACAGCAGUGCUCUCAGGCAAAGAACUGGCUACCCAGAAGUGGUCAACUUUACUGUAGUGCUACAGACACAAGAAACACAGACCCAAGGCAGCGUGAAUAUCCAAGGAGGAGACAGGAAAAUCAGUGUCAAUGUGGCAGCUCUGGAGGCCUUGGAACUAAAUGGGACCCUCGAGCUUAUGGCCCAUAUCCAACACACAGUGCCAAUUCUCAGGCAGCUGGGCCUGCCCUUCACAAGCCAGUUGUUAUUCCAGGAAAUCUUGGCAGCCAGUGAAAUGAAAACAUCCUUGGAGGUGACCUGUGAGAAUCAAACAAGUCUUCUCAUCCAUGUGAGGGGAAGGAAUCAACCACUCAGCAAAGAAUUACAUGUUACCAGCCAACAGCAUCUCUCCUUCCUCCUCAACCACUUCCCCAGAAAAGCCAAACUUUCCACCAAGGUAAGUUAUUCUACUAGUGGAGCUGAAAACAUGAUUGCUGUUGACCUGGAAAAGCAUCAUUUCCACAUGGCCACCAAGCUGACAUUUGCUGCAUCCAACUUCACUCAAGUGACUGAGCUGAUGCAUACAAUUCCCCAGCUCAAAAUGAUCCCCUGGGAAAUGGUGCUUCUAACCAUGUAUCAGAAAGCCAAUGGGACAAGAACCAUCCAACAAUUGGUGCUAUGGGGCGGACAGGAGUUCAAAUUCAUCGGCAGCUACUCAGGGCUUUUCCCCAAGUUCUCAAGGGGCCAGCACCUGCAGGUGGAACUUGUCCAUCCUCUCUCCAUCCCUUUUCCUCAGCAUUCCAAGAUCACCAUGUCUCUGCUCCACUCAGUUCACAGCCAUCAAGAUAAUGUAGUCAUUGAAUGGAACAGCAAAGAGCAGGUGGUGCUCUCCUCCUCCCUAAAGCUGGGGAAAGAUCGAGUGGAUGGCCAGCUGGUAUUUGUGCAUCCCUUCAACCUAUCCUGGAGCCACGUGGAAGCCAAGGGCCUGGCGGAGAGGAGAAGGAGCAGGUACAAGCAACAGGUACAACUUACCUGGAAUAGGGGGAAACCUGUCAACUUCCAGCUCCUCUGGGCAGAUAGGUCAGAAGCUAUCGUGACCAUCUGGGAAGGCUGUCUCACUGCAACCUCAGGACAGCUCCAGAAAUUCCUGCCCCUGAGCAAUCUCAAGGCCUGUGGCUCUGUAACUCAGACUGCAGUAGUGUUCAGCGAGCAUCUUGAUCUGUCCUGGGACAGCCGGAAAGUCAAACAGAGUCUGAAAUAUGAGAAACACCUGCCACUCCAGUCGGAUAGACUCCAUGCAGAAGUGACUCUAGAGAACAUCUUCUUGACCUCCUGCCCCAAACAAAGCUUCCAGGGAGAAAUAGAGACUGACUACCUCAGUCGUCUCAGCCAUUCUCUCAGGCUGGGAUUCUGUAAUUUUGCCAGUGCAGUCAGCCUGGUGGGGAUGGAUUCAGUGUCCAGAGUUCAGCUUAGAAACCGUUCCCAUGUCUCUCUCCAGGCUGUUGUGAUCUCUGGGGAACAUCUGCUGAGCCAAGGUAGCUUCAUGCUACAGUCCAGGAGCCUGUUCCGCCUUGCCCCAGAUCCUGGGGAUGGUUUGGUGUUGGUCUUAACCCUCAGGAACCACAGCACCCCAAAGACUCAAGACUUCUCUGGAGAGCUAGAGAUGAGGGCACCUGGAAAUCAGCAAGUGAGCCUGCUGGGAAGGGUCACUGAAUCAUCCUCUCAGAAAGUAGUCCUGCUACAGGGGAGCAUGGAAAGAGAGGAAAAGUUGAAGUUGACAGCUUCCCGGACUCCAGACUGUCUCCGAGCUUACCUAGCAUAUGGAAAAGGGCCGGUGUCAGAGAAACUAAAGGAGAAGCGUCCUAAAGAAUCAAUUUGUCCUUUUAUUGCCCUAGGGCCAAAGGAGGAAGGUGUGGAGAUCAGUGCCUGCUCUGACGGAAGGCGGGAGGCCAGAGCUGAGGCUGUACUCCAUGUCCGUGGUGGGCAGAAUGAACCCUUGGGCCAGCUGGUCCUCAAGGCUGCCAACCAGAGUCUAAGCCUGGCUGCCCACGGCUGCAUCACUCCCCUUGGAAACGCAGAGUCCAAACUGGCCGAGGUCGGGUCUCACCUACAAGCCAGACUCGUGGAAAAGUUCCAAGUGUUUGACACCUACCUCCAGAAGUUCCGGGACUUGGUGCAACAGAUAGACUUCCUGGACAGUGCAGCUGGCUGGGUCCUGCAGAUGUCCCAGGAUGCUGUGAAAGCACUACAGGCAGGGGGUAGAGCUGCAGCUGGACUGUGGAGGCAAAGCUCAGCCAGGCAGCUGCUGAGACAUCACCUCCCUCUGCACCUGGAGAGGCUCCAAAUGCUGAUGGAACAGACACAGAGCGAGCUGCAAAAGCCAUUAGCCACGCUGAAGGAUGCCUACUACGAAGUCACCCUCAAACCCCUGGAUGAGGUAUGGCAGGAGAGGACUGAGGAGGCUCUGAGGAGGAUGCAGGCCUGUGUGCCCUCGGGGGUGACGGACACCUGGCUCACGAGGCCAGUCCUGCUGUCUUUGCGAGCUGUGAAGGGCGCCCUGGAUCUGGCUGCCCACCAGAUACUGAAGUGGGCAGAAGCCAAAUUCUCCAGAGCAAUAAGAAGACUACGGAAACCCUUGUCCAGUAUUUACAGCUUCUCUGCGAGGAAUUGCUCCGUGGUGAUAAGGCUUCCAGUGCUGCCAGGAGGGGAUCAGCCGAUGGACUUGGCCAAGGUGACCAACUAUCUCAUCGAAGAAAAAUUGUUGCAGCCCCUUCGUGAGCUGUACGGCAUCAACCUCCUGGCGGAAUAUUAUCGUAUCAAGCAUCGGCUGCUGGAGAACCCCUUUGAACACCAUGCCGUGAUGAUUGGGGACAGGCACGUAGUGACAUUCGAUGGGCAGGCCUAUGACCUUACCUCCAAAUGCAGCCUGUUGCUCGCCAAAGACUUUGCUCGGAACUCCUUCCUGUUUUUACUGAACCAGCCAAACACAGGACCCAGAUCCUUGUAUGUGGAAUUGAAUCACACAGCCUUUAUCAUCUACCCAGGACUAAAGGUCUACAAGAUAUAUGAUUCUUCCUUAAUAGGAGAGAACUGUCUGGGUUUGGACCCUUUGCCUGCCAAGGUCAGAGCCAAUGGGAGGAAAGAAGUUUAUAAAAUAGAAUUAUCCAAUGAGAAUGGUGCUAUGGUCUCCUGUGACAUUCAUUCUGAUAUCUGUAGUAUGACACUGGAUGGCUGGAAUCACGGUAUGUCAGCAGGUAUCUUGGGCACCAAUGACAACGAGGCAGGCAACGAUCUGUUGCUCCCAAAUGGAUCCCUGGCGGGCGACCUAGAUGAAUUCACUGAAGCAUGGAAGGUGGAUAGUGAGUGCCAGGCCCAGAGAAGGAAAGCAGAGACCUGUCUCCAAGCUCCAUCCUUCAGACUCUGCAAGGCAUUCUUUGUGGAUGCCCACUCUGAGCUCCGUAAUUGCUUCCGAGUGGUAGAUCCUGCCCCGUUCUACAGUAUGUGCAUCCGAGAUACCUGUGAGAUAAGUGAACUCCAGGCUGCCUGUAACAUGGUCUCUGCCUACGUCCAUCUCUGUGGUCGAGGCUUUGUACCUCUGGCAAUUCCCCCUCGGUGUGCUUAAGAUUCUGCUCAGGGCCGCCCUGGGCCGACAAAGGAGAGCCAGCUCUUUCACCUUUUGACAAGUUCUUGCAUCCAACAACCAGUGGCAACUUUGUAGAGAAUCAUCCCUAAGGAGGGAGAAAAUGCAUUCCCAGGACACCCAAGAAAAUGAAAAAAAUGUCUAGCACACUAACCCGUGGCCUGCUGAAGGGGAGCCAUUUAUUGUUUUAAGUAGCGUGGCCAAGGACAAGGGAGGUAGCCCUCCCCAACAGGUUGUAGUGAAGCUCUUCUUCCUUCACUGAAAGAGCCUAAGACAUUCCCUAUUCUGACCCAAAAAGCUCUCCUCUGACAGUUCAAAGGAUUUGUUUUACUCCAGAGUGAAGAGGAGAGAACAAUCUGCUUUAGCUGGAAAGAAGACUUAUUCAUUGCUUAUUUAGUGAGCACCUACUACACAAAGCAUGGUAGUUCUGAAUCAGUUGUGUCAGCUGUAAGGAAGUCUUACUUAUUAAUUCUAUUAACUCAGGUUUCUUCCAGGUGUAUUUUACCAUCAAAUUCUAUUUUGUGAUUGGCUUAAAAAAAACCACCUGAUUUGACUUCCUUGCCCUUACCUGUACCAACUUCUCAUUUCCUACUAGGGUUGCAUUUUGCUCAGGCAGCCAUAGUAUUUUCAAAAAGUGGAGAUCUUGUCAGAUUUUCUUAUUAUCAAGCUAUUUUUUAAAAAUUACUGUAAAUAAACUAGAUUUAAAUUUUGAGGUUUGGUGGGAACAACCUCCUGAAUUAAUAUUCUCAAGUGCAUAUCAUGAGCACAGGUUUUUAUAACUUAUUCUGGCCAUGACAUGGAAUAACAGGGUCCUGAUUUAUACUGUAAUCAAAAUUGUGAAUUUGAUUUAAUGUAAUUUCUUUGAUUUUGUUACUUAUUAAUAAAUUUGGUUGAAUCCAA